GAAAGCUGGUGCUGUGGCUGUGACUAAGAUUGUUAGAAAGACAUACGUGUACCUUUCGUUUUAAUUUGGUAUCUUUAUUUUAUUUAAGUACGUUAGCCAUGGAUGUCGAUGUGGCGGUUAUUGGUGCAGGUCUGAGCGGCAUUGCCUUCGCCCGGUUUUAUCUAGACACACACCCGAAAGCACGCUUGAUAAUAUUCGAGAAGGAUGCGAAGAUCGGUGGAGUAUGGAGUGAAGAUAGGAUCUUUGAGACGUUCUGGGUCCAGAGUCCUCUGCGGAUGACUUCAUUCGCUGACGUGGCUCUUCGGAUCCCACAGGAUGCUCCCAGGGCACACGAUACAUUUGAGGCAAAAUAUGUCACUCAAUAUCUUGAAGAAUAUGUCGACAAUCAUAUCUACAACGGAGAAUCUCUGCGAUCACGAAUCCGGACCAAUACGGAUGUGAAAUCUGUAGAAAAGAAGGGUGAUGGCUGGCUCUUACAUGUCAAUGCCACCCAGCCUUGGUCACUUUAUUGUGACAAAUUGGCAGUAGCAUCUGGGAUAACGUCUAUACCUAACAUGCCCACAUUUCCUCAAAGUCCCCAAUGGAAAGUUCCGAUACUGCACCAUAGGGACCUUGGUUCUCAUGAGCAUAUCUUAAACCCGGACUCGACAUACAAAAAAAUUACGGUUAUCGGAGGAGGAAAGUCGGCUGUAGAUAUGGUGUAUGCAGGUCUCAAAGCAGGAAAAACUGUCAACUGGAUAAUUCGAUCAUCCGGAGAAGGACCGGGAAUCUUCAUGGAUCCAGCCGCCACAGGGAGAUACAGACAUGCUGCGGAAGCUGGAGCAACCAAGAAGGCUUCAGCUCUCAGUCCUUCUUAUUUUAAUACUCUCUCUGCGCCGGUUCUCUCACUUCAUCAGACUGACUCAGAGAGAGCCAGUCUUGAGGAAAAGCUGUACGCUGCUGACAAUCGGUUCAAGGCGUGGGCGAAUUAUCGAGCGCGAGAAGGGGCUCUUCCAGGGUUUCGGGACUUGGAGCCAAAAGCAUCAUUCUUCUGGAGCAGUGGCCCUGUCGGGGUUAUUCAGCACCAAGACUUCUGGGAUUUGGUCAGUAAAAACGUGAAUGUCUACCGUAGUGAUCCAUGUGGCACGACAUCAAAUGCCAUCGUCUUAGAAGACGGAAGAGAAGUUCCCAGUGAUAUCGUUCUUUGUGGUACAGGCUGGAACUCUUCAUAUCCAUUUUUCGCUCCUGAGGAAGCUUCUCGACUGGGUCUUCCGCAUCAACCUGACACCUCGACCGAGAAAGAGGGUUGGGGAGAUCUGAUGAAAACGGCAGAUUCUGAUAUAUUAAAGACCUUCCCCAUUCUAGGCCACCCUCCUCUUGGUGCCAAACCAAUCGGAGAAACCAGUCUCACACCAGCUAGAUUGUAUUACGGCAUAGCUUCCUUGUCUGAUUCUUCUAUACUCUUUUUGGGAAGAGCUCGAGUAUCGAACAACUUCCGCGUCGCUGACGCCCAAGCCAUCUGGGCAACUGCGUUUUGGGACGGACAUAUAAGUCUGCCAUCAGUUGAUGAGGCAAAGCGCCAAGUCGCGUAUAUGAAUGCUCUGUCGCGAAGACGGUACCCGUCCAGGGGCUUCGACGGAAUAAAUUUCCACGCCGAUCUGGUGUAUUACACGGAUAAAUUGGUUAGCGAGGCUGGACUUUUGUCCCACCGUAAGGGCUGGUGGGAUGACCCUGAAGAGCCGUGUUUGGCGAGUGAUUUUCGAGAUUGUGCGGAGGACUAUCGAAUUAAGUAUAAAGACUGAGUAGACGAGAUGUGUGUGGGAAGGUUGGGUGCAACUAUGUCAGAAAUAAAUGACGAGAUUAUACGAUCGGUGAGAGUAUGGGGUAGAGAGUCAAUCUUCCUAUAUCAUUUUUAGACGUUUACACACAUAUAAAUAUCGAUGACGAAGCGUCAC